AUGUCGGGAGAAAAUUCAAUUUUUAAUUCCACCACAGAUUUCUACGAGAUGCCCAUUAAAGAGGAAAGUUUACAUCAAAUUAAUUUGAAUAGUAAUGCUAAAGGUGAAGAUCCCAAUUCUAUUCUUGAAGGUAAUAAUGAUGACAUUAAAGAAUCUGCAGAUGACAUUUAG